ACUAUUUCCUUGAGUGUGGUCUACAUGUGAUUUUGAUCUGUCUCAUUUUUGGGCUCAUGUUCUAAAAUGAGAUAGAAAAAUGAAUGGAAGGCUUGGAUGAAACAAAUACAUCAUGGUUAGGCCCACAGAGAACUGUCCAGUAGCUACUGGCGUCAGUAGGCAAUCCGCGUCCGGUUCCACCGUGGCUGUGGUGGAGAUACAGGCCAUUUAUGAGGUAGUGCAUACCAUGACCUGCCACGUACCAAAAAUCAGAUGGUACGCCAGUGGUUGAACCAUAAAUAUAGGUUGAACUUAGAUUAUUAGGGUUCUUUCCUGACAUUAAAUUUUCUGUCAGCACCAGUCUGGCCUCACUCAUGAUCAAUGGACCAAUAUUGUUUUCAGUCUUGGACAUUUUCACACUACACCCCACUUGAUGAUAAUCUCUCACAUGUGCCAUCCGACCGAAGAAUGAUAGUAGUCUCGCACGCGCCACUUUUUAUGAAAAUCAUUUACGAAGUGUUUGAAAGGAUGUCAUUCCACGGAAUAUCGUCAAACCUGGUGUUGUAUAUGACGAAGAAGCUCCAUCAGGGCACUGUCUCUUCCUCGAACAACGUCACCAACUGGGCCGGAACUGUUUGGUUGAUGCCCAUCUUGGGUGCCUACGUCGCUGAUGCUCAUCUCGGCCGUUUUUGGACUUUCUCCAUCGCCUCCUGUGUUUAUCUCUCGGGGAUGUGUCUGCUGACGCUGGCGGUAUCUCUCCCUUCACUAAAACCGCCUCCUUGUCAUCUAGACAACAUUGCCGACUGCAAGAAAGCUUCUACAUUGCAACUUGGUGUAUUCUUCUGUGGGCUAUACAUACUGGCGGUCGGGACGGGUGGGACUAAGCCCAACAUCUCGACCAUAGGCGCGGACCAGUUUGAUGAUUUUGAGCCCAAGGAGAGGGCCCACAAGCUCUCAUUCUUCAACUGGUGGAUGUUCAGCAUAUUCUUCGGGAUACUCUUCGCGAACACAGUCCUUGUGUACAUACAGGACAAUGUGGGGUGGACACUGGGCUAUGGGCUGCCAACGCUUGGGCUUGCGAUUUCAGUGGCGAUCUUCUUAGCUGGGACACCUUUCUAUAGGCACAAGUUACCCUCUGGGAGUCCCUUUACAAGGAUGGCUAGAGUCAUUGUCUCUGCCCUUAGUAAAUGGAGGGUCCCAUUACCAAACGACCCCAAAGAACUCUAUGAUCUGGACUUGGAAGAGUAUGCAGGAAAACACAAGUUUAGGAUCGAUUCUACCCCUUCUUUGAGAUUUCUCAACAAGGCGGCUGUGAAAACCGACCUAGACUCUCCAUGGACACUCUGUCCAGUCACCCAAGUAGAAGAAACAAAACAAAUGCUACGAAUGAUUCCAAUCUUAUUGGCAACCUUUAUUCCAAGCACGAUGCUCGCUCAAGUCAAUACACUUUUCGUCAAGCAAGGUACAACGCUGAAGAGACACAUCGGUUCCAGCUUCAAGAUUCCCCCUGCCAGCUUAGUCGGCUUUGUAACACUAACCAUGCUCAUCUGUGUUGUGAUAUAUGACCGUUGCUUCGUUAAGAUCAUGAAAAAGUGGACCAAGAAUCCGAGGGGCAUCACCCUCCUCCAGAGGAUGGGAAUUGGCCUUCUCUUCCACAUUGUGAUCAUGUCGACUGCAUCUCUAACUGAAAGGCAUAGACUACGAGUUGCUAGAGAUCACGGCGUUGUCCAAAAUGGUGAGGAAGUUCCACUCACUAUAUUCGUCUUACUCCCUCAAUUCGUGCUUAUGGGAGUCGCGGACUCUUUCCUUGAGGUGGCGAAGAUCGAAUUCUUCUAUGAUCAGGCUCCAGAGGGAAUGAAAAGCCUUGGGACCUCUUACGCCAUGACGAGUCUUGGGAUUGGGAACUUCCUUAGCAGUUUCCUUCUUUCGACGGUGUCCCACAUCACUGAGAAACAUGGCCACAAAGGGUGGAUUCUGAAUAAUCUCAAUGCCUCUCAUCUGGACUACUAUUACGCAUUCUUCGCUGUUUUGAACAUAUUGAAUUUCAUAUUCUUCCUAAUUGUAGUCAAGCUCUAUGUAUAUAAAGCCGAGGUGACAGAUUCGAUGGAAAUGAUCGAAGGAGGAAACGGGAAGUUGGCAUUGAGCGCUAGUAACCAUGAAGAAAACGGGAAGUUGGAAUUGAGUGCUAGUAACCAUGAAGAAAACGGGAACUUGGCAUUGAGCGCUAGUAACCAUGAAGUGUCAUCAACUUAAAUCUUAUUACUUGAUUCCAUGGAGAAGAGCCUAUCAUUCUUGUGGGAUGUCAUUUUGGGGUACAUGUACCUAGACAAAAGUGCUUUUCUAUGCAUCAAGAAGCAAUGACAGACAAUGAAGUGAAUCGUAUUGGAUGCCGGUUUUGAAAAUCAUGUGGUGUACCAACAUUGAAGAUUGCAGGGUAGGUGGUCUUUUGAUAUGGGGUGACAUGUAUCAUAUCAUGGUCUGAUUCAAAGUACAAUGUAUACCUUUUGGCUUAUCGAUCUGCCACGAACGAAAAGAGAUUGUUAUAUGAAAGUUUACAAGAUACACAAAAAAUUGGAUUGAAAUAGGUAGUAUAUGGUUAGUACCAUGGGAUUGUUGUAUGAAAGUGUACAAGAUACACAGAAAAAAUUGGAUUGAAAUAGGUAGUACAUGGUUAGUACAGUGAUUAGACGCUGUUCUUGA